AUGGAAUCAUUAGACGAAAUACAAUGGAAGUCUCCUGAGUUUAUACAAGAGAGAGGACUCAAUACUAAUAAUGUCUUGGAGUACUUCUCUUUAUCGCCAUUCUACGACCGCACAUCGAACAACCAAGUGUUGAUGAUGCAAUUUCAGUAUCAGCAGAUACAGAUACCGCUUGGUGUUUCGUUCCACCAAUACUUUCAGUCGCGGUUGAGUGAGAUGACUGGGAUAGAGUUUGUUAUUGCGUAUACCAAAGAGCCUGAUUUUUGGAUUAUCAGAAAACAGAAACGACAGGACCCCCAGAACACUUUGACGCUACAAGAUUACUACAUAAUAGGGGCAAAUGUUUACCAGGCACCACGGAUCUACGACGUUUUGUCGUCAAGACUCCUUGCCAGUGUUUUGUCGAUAAAGAACUCGACAGACCUACUAAAUGACAUGACAAGCUAUCAUAUCUCAGAUGGGGGCCAUUCCUAUAUCAACUCCAUACACGGCAGUGCCUCAAAACCGCCCCACUCAUCGGCUGCGUCGAAGCCUCCGUCAACCAGUGCUGGAACAAAUACAGUUACCCCGAUUACUUUGACAACACCGCUGGGUGCCACUGUUGCAAGCACGGUGUCUAAUGGCAUUUCAACGAGCACAGAGAUUUCCAGCGGAGCGUUUGAUGCGUUGUUGAAUGAUGUGGUGAUGAGUGACGAUCAAUUGUACAUCGAUGAGAUUCCCUUGCAUGGUGAGGGAAGCACACUUGAGUGGCUUGGGUUAAAGGGAAAUAGAGAUGCGGGUAUGAGUCUAUGA